CGUUUACGUGAAGGUUCGCGCGUACAAGGCCCCGGGGGCCGAGUUGCCGCGCAUCAUACAAGGCCGAGUUGCCGCGCAUCGCCACUGGAGCUAGCUGGCGCCGAUGCCGCUCCUCAGGCGAGGAGUGGCGCGGUCGGUGUCACGUGCGGCGAGGCAGGGUCGCACCCACAAAUCGCAGCUCCACACAGCCUCUUCGGCAGAGGUGGCGUGGGUGUACAGCAGGGAGUAUGCGGUGCUCGACGGCUGGGACAGCGGCCACCGAUUCGCCAUGGAGAAGUACCCGCGUCUCUUUGACCGGCUCGUCCAGCGCGGCGUCCUCUCGCCGUCAGAGGUGUGCGAGCCGGCCGAUCCAGCGGGCAACGAGUGGCUCCACCGCGCUCACUCUGCCGAGUACGUGGCUGGCUACUGCGACGGUACGCUCGCGCCGAACGCGAUGCGGCGAAUCGGCCUGCCGUGGAGCCCUGCGAUGGUUCGCGCGGUGCGGCUCGAGGUUGCCGGCACGCUGCUGGCGGCGCGGCUUGCCCUCUCCACCGGGAUCGCGUGCAACCUGGGCGGCGGGACGCACCACGCGCAGCGCGCAGCGGGCAGCGGCUUCAACCCCUUCAACGACCUGGCCGUCGCGAGCCUGGCGCUGCUCGCCGAGGGAGCGGCGCGGCGAGUGCUGGUGGUAGACCUGGACGUGCACCAGGGCGACGGCACCGCCGCCAUCUUGAGCGAGGAGCCUCGGGCGGCGACCUUCUCGAUGCACGCCGCGCGCGCCUUCCCGGUCCGCAAGCAGCGCUCGACGGUGGACGUCGGGCUCCCCAACGGGACGGGCGACGAGGAGUACCUGCGCUUGCUGCGAGAGCACCUGCCACCGCUUCUGGACGAGCACCGGCCCGACCUGGUGCUGUACGAUGCGGGCGUCGACUGCCACGGCGCGGACGCGGUGCGGACCUUUUGCCGCGGGCAUCUCUCGCUGACGGACGCCGGGCUGCGCAAGCGCGACUUCUUUGUCAUGGACGAGUGCCUCUCUCGAGGCGUGCCAGUGGCGACGGUCAUCGGCGGUGGCUACUCCACGGACAUGGACGAGCUGGCCAGUCGGCACGCUAUCCACGCCGAGGUUGCCGCCGCCCUCGCUAAUUGUAGUUGAGCCAGGGCGUCGCGGCGGGGCGGGCGCCACAGCGCUUGGCCCUCGCGAAGUCCACGAGCAAACGACCGCGUCGCGUACAGGUACACGUAAAGCCAAAGCCGUUACAAUUACACCGCUCACCGGGUAUUAUUUUUUCGUUCUUUAUAUACUCUACUCUCUAC